CAUCUCUCUCAUCAUAUAAUAUAUAUAUAUAUGUAUGUAUAUCUUCGCCUUCAAACGUAGUCUUGUUUGAAAGCUGUAUAUUCCCCAAAUUGAAGAAUCGUCAAUCUCCAUUUCUGAACGGAGGAGACCCAAAUUAAACAAGCAGACGUCGUCAUCAGAUAAGAUCAGGUGGAUUAUAACGUUGUUAUGCGUGCUGAGCCUGAGCCUGAGCAUGAGGAUGAACAUUAGUAUGAGCAUCCCCAAGGCUCUGCCUUCUCUAUCCCAAAUCCAUUUAUAUAUUAAUUAUUCUAAUUACCAAUCAAACCCAUAUCCAAAGCCAAGGGCUCAUCUCGCCCACCAUUGCAGCAGCAGCAGAAGAAUGCAGCAUCCCAAUUACAAGUACUCGAUGCAGCAGCAGCCAAUAGCAAAUCUCAACUCAAACCAGCACCUGCUACCUCAAUUUGGAACUGAGAGUCAUCGUUGUCGUUCUUUGCCACUUAUUCAACUACUUGGAGCAGCUGCAGCAGUUUUAUUGUCCACUGUACGUACCUACCAUUCAAGUUCUUCUUCAUUAAACACAGUGACAGGUGAGAACUAUGAGGAAGAUCUGGUGUGGGUUUUGAUCCAAUCUGGGAUUUCAGCUUUCUUAUACUUCAUCCUAUUUCCACCAGUGAUUAUGAAUUGGCUUAGAAUCAGAUGGUACAAGAGGAACCUGGUGGAAAUGUAUUUUCAGUUCCUGUGCGUCUUCCUCUUCUUUCCCGGAGUGCUGCUUUGGGCGCCAUUUCUCAACUUCAGAAAGUUCCCAAGAGAUCCAUCCAUGAAGUACCCAUGGUCCGUACCCCAAAACCCUUCUCUAAUCAAAGGUGGAUUCCGCAAAUAUCCAUGGGCUCAGCCUGAAGACUACGAAUGAAUGACGACAGACGACAUUAAUUCUCACCAUGCACACAAUAUAUAUAUAUAUAUUUAUACACUACAUUCUCUCCAUUUUUUUUUCUUCAAAAUACUAUUAGAUUCUAACACUUAUUAUUUUCAUAUACAAAUCAUAUCUAAUUACUAUUUCAAGCUAA